AUUACCUUACUUCAAGCCGGGCCAACAUCUCAUCUCCAACCGCUACACUCCCCCCUUCUCCCCCCUGCAAGCAACCAUGCACCUGAGCGCGCACGAGUCGUGCCAUUCCUUGGUCGUACUUUGCAUCCUGCUGAGGAGUUGCCAAGCCCUGAAGAACGACGCCACGGAGCUGCUGUUCUCGCACGCGAGCGCGCCGGUGCCGGAGGUUCAGAGCAACGUGUCCCUGAACCGCGCACGCACCGGCGGGAGAGGAGCGGGCGGCGCGGCGCAGCACAGAGACGAACGAGGCCAAAUUGGAUGCAGAGAGCUGAGGUCCACUAAGUACAUCUCUGAUGGCCAUUGCACCAGCAUCAACCCCAUCAAGGAGCUGGUGUGUGCCGGUGAGUGUCUCCCAGCUCAGAUGCUUCAAAACUGGAUCGGCGGCGCCUAUGGCAGGAAGUUCUGGGGUCGCCGGAGCAGCAAUCAGGACUGGAGGUGCGUUAACGACAAGACCCGCACUCAGCGCAUCCAGCUGCAGUGCCAGGACGGCAGCACAAGAACGUACAAGAUCACCGUGGUCACCUCCUGCAAGUGCAAGAGGUACUCGAGGCAGCACAACGAGUCGGGCAACAAGUUCGAGGAGCCGGCCGUGUCGCCGCCGCAGCUGCUGCACAAACACAAGGCCAAGAGCAAGAGGAGGCUGGGGAAGAGCCGGCUGAGUGAGAACUGGCACGAGACUGAACCCUGAGAGCCACCAGACUUACAGACUCACUCUGAAUCCACAUCAGCCUGCAGGAGUUUGGUCUCAGUGAUAUUGAGACACAACAUCCAGAGCUUGAGGUUGUGGAUUAUCUCUCAAUGUGACUGGGACUUGAUUUAUGUGAAGCUGGUUCCUCACUAUGAUGGAGAACUCCAAAGGGCAUGCUGAGGACUUCUCUCGACAUUUUAAUCAACGAGGUUAAAGAUAAUGUGAACAGACCCGGGGUGUACAGCCUGCAGAGCUUUCUGGAGCCCCGAGACAACACACAUUGUCCCAUUGUAGCCAUGUGCAUGUGUUCAUAACUAUAUUCAUUUUAUACAUAGAUGGAGAUUUGCCUGUUUUGGCACCAACACCAGUAAACAACACAAAACAUCUCAAAAAAACAAUCUUGUGUAAAUACUUGUACAUAUAUCAAAUUCUUACUUGCCUUUUGAAGUAUGGCCAUUUGUAUAAAAUUUUACCAUGUAAGAUUUAUGAUGUAGCUAUGAUGUAAUAUAUUUUCUGUGGCAACAUAUAACAUGAUACGUUCUGGUUGAGUGGUGUCAGUUUGUGGGUGAAGUCUGGAAAAGCUUCUUCAUCAUUCAUUCUUGUAAUAACUUUAUAUGAAA